AUGUCCUCCCAAAGUAUAAAUGGGGCAAAAAGGCCAGAGAAAAAGACCAGAAGGAGCAAGAAGAGAAGAACAGCUGAUUUUUCAGAUUCUGAUUCGGACUCAGACUCCAGAUCAUCUUCUGAGCCUCAGCAGGGAAAUAAGGAACUAGCAAUAGAGAAGGAAUUGGAGGAUGCGUCCGAUGUCGAACUUUCUGAUGCAGAAGCGGUCCCAGAAGAAGCAAAAUUCAUGGAUCUAGACGCAGAAGUUAAGCAGAAAUUAAACGAUAUACCAUUGACCAGAACAGAAGCAGUAACAAGCCGACAAAAGAACUUGAAUAGAGUGGAUCUCGAUAGGGCACAAGAAAAAAUAGACGCAGGUCGUGCAGAGCUGGGUUUGGAGCAAAAAGAAAACGAAUUGAAAAAUGAAUAUUUGGGUCUACUCUUCAAACAUUAUGGUGAAGAGGUCAGCUCAUUGAGAGAAGCACCGGAUUUCACGCCGAAGUCGCUUGUAACAAUGGCCAACGUGCUCAAAGACGGUGCACUUAUGUUUGAUAUCGAUGCUUUGAAAACGGUUCUUGAAUCGGAGAAGUGA